UUGAAGAUUCCGUAAAAGAAAAGGGCGGCUUGAUUUGGUAGAAGUAAAUAGGACCCCACGAGGAAGGGAAGGGCUAAUAUAGAUUGGGUCACCAAGAACGCCAACAUCUUCAUCUCCUGGAAGUGCAUCAAAAUCUCAGAUGGAUAAUCUUUUGGGACUUCUUAGAAUUCGGGUCAAGAGAGGUGUUAAUCUUGCUGUUCGGGAUGUACGAAGUAGCGAUCCUUACGUUGUUGUCAAAAUGGGUAAACAGAAAUUGAAGACUCGAGUUAUAAGAAAGGAUGUCAAUCCUGAAUGGAACGAGGAUUUGACGCUUUCUGUCGCAGAUCCUAAUCUUCCAAUCAAGCUGACUGUGUAUGACCACGACACAUUCACCAAGGACGACAAAAUGGGAGAUGCAGAAAUUGACAUUAAACCAUUUGCAGAAGUCUUGAGAAUGAAGUUAGACAACCUCCCCAGUGGUACCAUACUAACAAGAAUACAACCGUCGAGGUCAAUUUGCCUUGCUGAAGAGAACUGCGUGAUCUGGAAUGACGAGAAGGUGAUGCAAGAUAUGUGCCUGAGAUUGAGAAAUGUGGAGUGCGGUGAAGUGGAAAUUCAGCUUGGGUGGAUUGCACUCCCUGGCUCCAGAUGUAUAUAGAAUGCAAGAAAUGUCUAUUCUGGUACCUCCAUUUUUUUUUUCUUUUUGGGUAACUUAUAAUGCUGUAGUAAUAUUUGCACUCAGUUUUUUGUGGUGAGGUUUGUUCAACAGGACAAAGUUUGUUAAGCCCUUGUAUGGGCUCCAUUAAAAAUGCAUUUUGAGAAAAAAAUGUAUUUUAAA